AUGGCCCGCACCGGUCUCACCGCGUGUGACCCGGCACGCGCCUGCCCCGGCUACACCCUGUACGCGCCGAUGUCCGGCAACGGCGAGCUCUACCUGCUGGACAUCAACGGCCAGGAGGCUCACCGGUGGCAGAUGCCCUACCCGCCGGGUCUCUACGGCUACCUGCUGCCCAACGGCAACCUGUUCUAUGGCGGCAAGGUGCGGGACGACGGCGGCUGGGACACCUUCGAGGCGCUCAAGCGAUUCAAGGGCGGCGUCAUGCUGGAGGCGGACUGGGACGGCAACAUCCUGUGGGAGCACCGCGACCCCUACCAUCACCACGAUGCGCGGCGCACCGAAUCGGGCGGCUGCCUCUACAUGACGGUCGAGCGCAUGGACGACGCCCUCGCGGCCAGGAUCGAGGGCGGCCAGCCCGGUUCCGAGGACCGUGAGGAAUACACCGGAAUGUGGAGCGACGUGCUGGUCGAAGUCGAUGCCAACGGCAACCGGAUAUGGGAAUGGCACGCCGCCGAACACCUGGACCCUGAAACCCACGUCAUCAGCUUCAACGACCAUCGGGACGAGUGGAGCCACGGCAACACCGUCGUGCCACUGCCCGACGACCGGGUGAUGUUCAGCUUCCGCAACAUCUCCACCGUGGGCAUCAUCGACAAGGCCAGCGGAAAAAUCCAGUGGCAGAUCGGCGAUGCCGUGCUGGCGCAGCAGCACGACCCGUCGCUGCUGGACAACGGCAACGUCCUCAUCUACGACAACGGGUCGCACAGUCGCCACAACCCGAUGCCCCGAUCACGGAUCAUCGAGGUGGACCCAACGACCAACGAGAUCGUCUGGCAGUACCAGGACAACCCGCCCUUCAACUUCUUCAGCGCCUACAUCUCCGGCGCGCGGCGGCUGCCCAACGGCAACACGCUGAUCACCGAAGGCCACUUCGGGCGCAUCUUCCAGGUCACCCCCGACGGCGACGUGGUGUGGGAGUACAUCAACCCGCACUUCGCGCCCAACGAGCAGGGCUUCCUGGUCAACAGCGUCUUCCGCUCGACCCACUACCUGCCGGAAGCGGUCCCGCAGUUGAGUUGA